CCUGGUGGCAGUAACUGGAUCAGAGGUGAGGACCAUUCCCCCUAUGGUGAUGGACAAGGUGGAUGUUAAUGAGUGCACUCCCGUCUUCGCUGGAAUGAAAUAUUGCACAGCUCUGCAGUACAUUGAUGCUUUCUCUCAAGAGACAGCCCCCUACUUCCCCUUCACUGGAGACAGCAAAUUUGCUAUGGAGCUCCACCCUACUGGUGAAGUCACUGAGUACACAGCCACUGUUGCCUACGAGCUCCUCAGGGAGGGAGACGAGGGACGGCAGAAGGUUGACUCUGUGAAGUUCAUUCUGAGGGCUGAAGGUGUAGAUCCCACUGAAGCCAGGGCAAUCAUGAAAUAUAACAGAAGGAAGAAUGUGAUCACUGCUGACAUCCAGAUCCCUGACUACGAUGUGGAGGCUGGACUCAGGCUGGGUGUUGUUGAUGGAAACACCAAGGAUUCCAAGGAGAUUGAGGUUGAGUUCAAGUCUAAUGUGAACACUGAGACCACCAUCUUGCCAAACGCUGAAAUAUUUCAGAAUUAUGGCAACGAGCUUCUUGACAUGCAGGUUGGGCAGACCGACAUGAAAGUCCGUCACAUCUUCAAGAAGUUUGUGGAG